UUGGGUCUGAUUCGGGAGCUUCCUGUUUCAAAGUCCAGCGCAGAAUCGAAACCACAAUCAAACGUGUAGUUUGUGUGCAGAUGUUGUUUGUGUGCAGAUGUUGAGCAGCAGCCUCACUCCUCAGAGUCCCUUGGUACAGACAUGCAGCAGAGUGUGGAGGCGCUGGUCCGCCUGCUGGAGUCCUACAGGGGCAGAGACAGAGUUAUCAGGACGGUCUGUUAUGGCUCCCAGCUCGUUGGAGGAGUUCUCUCCCGUAAGGCUGAGACCGACGUCUCGUUCCAGCGACUCGGGAAAAGUCUGCUUCUGUUCUCUGCUCAGCUGAGUCAGUGCAGGACGGUGCUUAGGCUGUUCGAUGAUCUCUCCAUGCUGGCUUACUCCCACAGCUAUGGGUUCGGAGCUGAAGAGGAGGACUCAGGUGUGCGUUGGAUUUCUGUGCUGAACAAUGUGGCCGAUCAGCUCUAUUACCCCUGUGAACACAUUGCGUGGGCCGGCAACGCUGAGCUGGUGAAAGUGAACUCUGACAAAUGGUGGCUGUUCAGCACGGUGCUGUGGGGAACCUCGCUGCUGCUGGGAAUACUCAGGUCCGCUCGACUUCUGCUGCUGCUGAAGAAGAAGCUGAACAGAUGUGGGAGGGAUGCAGCUGACAACAGUCAAGCUGAGCUCCACAAACGGAUGCGAAGGGAGGUUCUCUCCAUCCUCAGCAAAAUGGCUGACCUCAGUAACGCCAUUCACUGGAUGCCGCCUGGCUUCCUCUGGGCUGGUCGAUUCCCCAACUGGUUCGUGGGGCUGAUGGGCACCAUCUCCUCUCUGAUUGGUUUGAUCCAUACGAGCGCUGGCGACUGACCAGACAUUGUGAGAGGCUGAGAUCAGCACUGAGUGAACAUCAGAGUGACUGAAAGGAGGUGGAGGAGAUCCUUAACGUAUGAAAUCCAAAUCAUUUGGACUUAUAACUUCAGAGUCUUGAAGCCAAACUGAAAUCCACCUAAAAACAUAAAUAAUUCCUCUGGAUUGUUUUGGACUUUGUGACAGUUAGAGGAACAAUGUGAUUAAUCAAUCAAUUAAUUUUGCUCUUAUUUCCAAGCUAACCACUGCAGCAUUGCAAUCACACAAAUUGGAAAUUUAUUUAGAACAUCUUUCUUCACAUGCAGAAUAAAGUAUUAAAUUGUAUUUUAUUAUAGUGUACAACUUGUCCGAGAUGAGGAUUUAGAUGUCUUAAUGACUGUGGUUAAUCGGAUGCAGCUUUUGAGGGAAAUAAUUAUUGUAUUUAUCACAUAUUGCCUCCUAUUGUCCUCCAACCCUGCUUUAAGGUAGCGUCGUUUUCUAAAUACAACCACUUUGGCUGGAACUCCUUUGCCUGAGGAGCAGAGGACUCACUGAAGUAUGUUUAACUUUGGAUUUAAACGCAGAUGAGACGCAACGUGACACUGAACCUCCACCUCCUCAGUCAAUCAACUUAGAAGGUCACUGUUGAAGAAGGGGAUAUUAUGGCUGUUUUCAGAUUUUGAGAGAAAUAUAAUGAUGUGAUAAAGGCUGAUAAGUUGUUGCCUCAAACACUCCAUAUAUCUGUAUAUGGACUCGUUAUGACUUAUUAUGAAUGUGAUGACUGGGCUGUUAAGAUCUUUCAGAUGGAAAUAAUGUUGCUGUGAGUGUGUAUUUCUUUGUAAAAACAGAGUCCGGGUUUUUGUUUAAACUGUGUGAUUUCUUCAAACUACACCACAGCAAUACAACUCAUUGUCCACAGGUUUUUAAAUUGUAUUAUUGUAUGAUAUUAGCAGCAGAAAUAUCUGAUUUCCAAUCGAGGAAUCAAAAUGUGAGACUUUGGAAUCAGGGUUCGUAUGCCUUAUACAACAACGAUGAUCUAUUGUGUGGAAGAUAAGUGUAACUGAAUAAAAUGUAAAAUAAUUGUAGAUCAUGUUUAAAAUAAUGAACAUUUUUGAUUAAACUUGUAUUUUCUACUA